CCCUCCUGCGCGCCCCCGCGUCCCCUGACCUCGCUCCUGCCCUCACACGUGUUCAGGUGUAUAUAAAGGGGUCCCGAGCUCCAUCAGCAUGUCGUCUGCGUCUCCGGACAAACGCAGGAAGGUGGAGAUGGAGUCUGCGCUGAACCAGCUGAAGAAGCACACCGUGGUGGUGGCGGACACCGGAGACUUCAACGCCAUCGAGGAGUACAAGCCUCAAGAUGCCACCACCAACCCGUCUCUCAUCCUGGCUGCUGCCAAGAUGCCGGCCUACCAGCACCUGGUGGACCAGGCCAUCAAAUACGGCACCGCCAAAGGAGGAACCGAGGAGGAGCAGGUAGCCCACACCAUGGACAAGCUGUUUGUGAGUUUCGGGCUAGAGAUCCUGAAGAAGGUCCCCGGCAGAGUCUCUACGGAGGUGGACGCCAGACUUUCCUUUGACAAAGAUGAGAUGGUUGCCAAGGCCCUGAGGCUCAUCGCUCUCUACGAGGAAGCUGGCAUCGGCAAAGACCGAGUGCUCAUCAAGCUGUCAUCCACGUGGGAGGGGAUCCAGGCCGGCAGGGUCCUGGAGAAGGACCACGGCAUUCACUGCAACAUGACCCUGCUCUUCUCCUUCGCUCAGGCUGUGGCCUGUGCAGAAGCAAAAGUAACUCUCAUAUCGCCCUUCGUCGGUCGUAUCCUCGACUGGUACAAGGAGAGCACCGGCCGCGCAAGCUACGAGUCCCACGAAGACCCCGGUGUGCUGAGCGUCACCAAGAUCUACAACUACUACAAGAAGUUUGGCUACAGCACCGUGGUGAUGGGCGCCUCCUUCAGGAACACGGGGCAGGUCAAAGCUCUGGCGGGAUGCGAUCUGCUCACCAUCUCCCCGGGGCUGCUGGCAGAACUCAGCCAGGACCAAAGCACCAUCACAAAGAUGCUCAACGCGGAGAAAGCCAAGGUCUGUGAUCUGGAGAAGAUCCACCUGGAUGAGAAGGAUUACCGCUGGGAGCACAACGAGGACCGCAUGGCCGUCGAGAAACUGUCCGACGGAAUCCGCAAGUUCGCUGCCGACGCCGUCAAGCUGGAGACCAUGAUCAAAGAGAAAAUGCUCAACGUGAAAAACGGCCAGUAACGGACAGAUCCGGCGUCUCCACCUGCGUUCACAGGAAGUACAAGGAGUUACCGGGCUGCCAUCUUUGUCUCCAACUGCCUGAGUGAAGGUCCAGAGCGCUAGAAGGCCUCCCCUCUCCUCAUCUGACCAAACUCCAGAGACCUCCACCCCGAACGGAGGUCUUCUCUUAGACUGAGAUUAACUGUGUUUGUUUUCUGACCAAACAUAAAUGGUGAUUGAUGCUUAUGUGGGUGUGGAUUUGCUGUUAAAUAGUCUUAAUAUUUACUAUAAAUUUGACCAGAAAGGGACAAACUUGAGACGAAAUGAGGCUUUGAAAACAUCAUGUGACUAAUUGAAAGAACCAUGAGCACUUUUUUUUGGCAAAAGGACCAAGAUGUUUGUAUCAACGCCAUUCGGACAGAGCUGAGGGUCCAAGUUUGAUAAAGACCAACACUGUACCAUCAUUCCUCCAGAAGAUUAUCUUUUUUUGCUCUUUCAAUGAAUAAAAAUCUCAGUCAUUA